AUGGCUUCAGCGGGCAGCAGUUCAACUGGAGGUCUCCCACUGGAGAUCCUCCAGGCGCUGUCCAAGGCCGACCCGAUCCUGUCCUCCGAGACCUUUGCUCAAGUUCCGUUCGAGUCAAUCAAAGCCGCUCUGGAUCGCCUGUCCUCUCGCUCCAUGGUCACCUACCAGCAAGUCGAGCGCGAGGAGGCAGCUCUAGAGCCCGAAGCAGAGACCAUUGUCAGCCAUGGCAGCCACGAAGCCCGGGUCUUCGACGCAGUGCACAAGGCGAUGGGUGGCCUCUCGAUACAAGACCUCGAGAAGGAAAUUGGCGACAAGAACGUCGCGAAGCUGGGCCAGGGCAAGGCUUUCAAGGCAAAGUGGAUCAAGAAGGAUGGGGACAAGAUUGUAUCACUGGUCGAUUCGGUCGACGAUGUUACCCGAGAUCAGCUCCGCACAAUACAAGAGAAGCGAACCCACGAGCCCAAGGUUAUAGCAGACCUAAAAAAGCGCAAACUGCUCAAGCUACAGAAGACCUUCUCCUUCAAGAUAAGCAAGGGGCCGAAGUUCGCGCUAGAAAUCGUUAUGGAAGAGACGGACUUAACUGCCGAGAUGUUGGCGUCCGGCUCGUGGAAGACGGCAACCUUCAAGCCGUACAACUUCAACGCAUUGGGCGCUGACCAGCACGCUGGCGCUCUUCACCCGCUGAACAAAGUGCGACAGGAAUUCCGACAAAUCUUCUUCGAGAUGGGUUUCACAGAGAUGCCCACGAGUCAGUUUGUCGAGUCCGGCUUCUGGAACUUCGAUGCCCUCUUCGUGCCUCAGCAACACCCUGCGCGCGACCUCCAAGAUACCUUUUACGUUUCCGAUCCGAAGAAAGCUGGCAGACCAGGCCCAGUGUCACCGGAUGACGGCCGGGAUUACGACGAAUAUCUCGAGAAUGUGAAGACUGUACAUGAGAAUGGAAAGUACGGCUCCAUUGGCUACAGGUACCCCUGGUCGGAAGACGAAUCACUACGACUUGUACUGCGAACACACACGACUGCUGUCUCGGCUGCCAUGCUGUUCAAGUUGGCAUCCGAGUACCGUGGUGGUAGCUCACCGCCCGCCAGAUACUUCUCCAUCGAUCGGGUUUUCAGAAACGAAUCCGUAGACGCAACGCAUCUGUGCGAGUUUCAUCAAGUAGAAGGUGUAAUCGCCGAGUUCGGCCUGACGUUGGGUGGCCUUAUGGAUUUCAUGGAAAUCUUUUUUGCCAAGAUGGGUCUGAAGAAUCUCAAGUUCAAGCCAGCCUACAACCCCUACACCGAACCGAGUAUGGAAAUCUUCAGCUACCACGAGGGCCUUGGCAAGAUCAUUGAGAUCGGCAACAGUGGCAUGUUCCGGCCAGAGAUGCUCGAAGCCAUGGGUCUGCCAAGGAAUCUGAGGGUAUACGGAUUCGGCCUGGGCUUGGAGAGGCCCACGAUGAUCAAAUACGGCAUCUCCAAUAUCCGCGAGUUGCUCGGCCACCAGGUCGACCUGAACUUCAUAGAGAAGAAUCCAGCAGUACGGCUAGACAAGGACUAG